UUGAGAUCUCAAAGAAGAAGAAGAAGAAGAGUCAGCAGGAAUCUAUCAGAGACUGAAACAUGAAAGUCCAUCCCGGUUUGAUCUGCUUCUUCUUCCUCUCUCUGCAGGAUGGAAACAUUGGUUUCAUCAGUGCCCAAACAUAUUACCAUACAGUACCUGAGGGAGGACAGGCAGAACUUGAAUGCCCGUCUUCCUCAGCUUCCAGUAGAAAGUUCUUCUGCACAGAAACCUGCAAACAAGAGGACAUCCUGAUAGACACAGAAGAGGUCAGCGCUCAGAGCGGCAGAUACAGCAUUGGACCGAGGAAAGGACAAACUUCAUCAGGAGAUGUUUUUGUGAACAUUUCAAAUGUGACCAAGUCUGACUCAGGACGGUACAGGUGUGGUGUGGGUCGAUUUUUAUCAUCAGCUACAUAUGUGAAAACUGAGAUCAUUGUUGUAGACGCGCUGCUGAAUGAGGACAGGAGAGAGACACACACUCUGUAUGCAAAGAAUGGAGGAAAUAUUAAAGUAGCAUGCUUCUUUUCUUCUUUGUUUUUCACUGUGAGACGAGCAUUCCUGUGCAGAGGAGAAGAAUGUUUCGUUCUUACCACCAAAACAGAUGAUGACACGGGUCAGAGCGGCAGACACACCAUCAGAUAUGUAAAAUUUAAUACUGGAGCAUCUGUGUAUGUGAGCAUCUCCCAGCUGAACAGGUCUGACUCAGGACGGUACAGGUGUGGUCUGGAGAGAUCUGGGUUUCUGGAUCUUGACCGAGAGUUUAAGGUCAAUGUUACAGACGAGUCUCCCACUGCAGAACCGAACUCAGUGACCUCAACAUCAGUUCCAACAAAUGAACAUGCAGCAUCCACUGAAAGCACCGAGCAGUCUGGGACAUCAACCACGGAUAUACUGCUGUAUGCGGGGCUGACAGGGGUCGCUCUGGUUGUCCUCUUCUCUCUGGCUUUGCUGAUUUUCUGCAGGAGGAAGUUUUGGAAACCUAAAGGCAGAGGAGACAGAGACAGCCUGAACAUGGAGAUCCCCACCUAUGAGAACCAUCCUUCAGUCUCUGCACCUGAAGACUCCAUCUACCAGAGCCUCGAUACAGCCACCAGGGAUCAGGACCAAACCUACUCUACCCUCAGACACAAGACACAUGAUGCUGCAGGGACUCAGGCCUAGAGUCUGUGUCUGUGCCUCAGUCAGGUGUUCAGGGGAAACCAGAGCACAACAUAAAAGAUGCUCUCCUUCCUGACUCCAGAGUAAAACUUAGACUGCACCAGACAGGAAAGUAAACCAGCAUACAUGAUUAACUGUACAUGAUGAAAUGUUAUAUUACCAUGAUAGUAAACGUCACAGUCAUUUUGCACAUGGCUGAUAUGUUAAAGGAAUAUUGUACAUGAUAAAUGACCAAGAAGGAUUUAGUGUGUCUCUGUAGAGUUCUCAUGUAUCUGGGACUUUUCUGUCACUCCUUCUGCUUCGAGACGCAAUAAAUGAAGCACUGGAUAUCA